CGGUAGAUAAACAUUCACUUUUAUUACAGGCCCCUCCUUGCCUCCACCUUUCCACACUCCUUCACCUCUCCUCUCCUUUUUACAUACCCCCUGUACAAUGACAUCCAGCACAUUUUCUGUCAAGAGCAUCGUUCGCCCUAAUAUCUUGGCAUUGAAGCCCUAUCGCUGUGCUCGCGAUGACUACUCCUCUGGAGUCCUGCUCGAUGCCAAUGAAAAUGCCUAUGGUCCAGCCCUGAACCCGUCCUCAGAGGCUGCAGCCUCUAGCUCAGGACUCGACAUCAACCGGUACCCUGAUCCCCACCAGCACGACCUCAAGAACCUCAUUGCAAAGUUCAGGGAUGUUCCAGGCCCUGAACACUUCUUCCUCGGUGUCGGCAGCGACGAAGUGAUCGACAUGAUCUUCCGUGUCUUUUGUGUUCCCGGCAAGGAUGCGGUCCUAAUCACUCCCCCGACCUACGGCAUGUACUCUGUCUGCGCCCAGAUUAACGAUGUCGAGGUCCACAAGGCUACCUUGACCCUUGAUGGACAGUUCCAAUUGAAUAUGGAAGAGAUUGAGAAGCAGAUCAACGAGCAUCCUAAUAUCAAGGUCAUUUUCUUGUGCAGUCCAGGAAACCCAACCGGCUCGGCUUUGACCCACGAGAGCAUUCGACGUGUGCUGACUUUGCCAAACUACAAGGGAAUUGUCGCCGUGGAUGAGGCAUACGUUGAUUUUAUUGAUGCCAGCAAGGAGGGAACGACAGCCACCUGGGUCAAGGAAUACCCGAACCUCAUUGUCAUGCAGACCAUGAGUAAGAGUUUCGGAUUGGCUGGCGUGAGACUGGGAGUUGCUAUCACCACACCCGAGAUUGCAUCGUACAUGAACGCCACCAAGGCACCAUACAACAUCGCGAGCACUACCUCAAGAGUGGCACAGGAAGCUCUUCAGCCUAAGGGAUUGGAUAUUCUUCACAAGCACAUUUCAGUUAUGGUUGAGGAGAGAAACCGGCUUUUGGAGGCAUUCAAGUCAAUCCCUGGUCUGGGUCGUGUCCUGGGCACGAACGACGCCAACUUUGUGUUGGUGGAGGUGCUAGACAAGGAGAGCGGAAAGCCAUCGAACGAUCGUGCCCACAAGGUCUACGCGGACAUGGCCAGUCGACAGGGACUGGUUGUCCGUUUCCGUGGCACAGAGAUUGGGUGCGAGGGCUGUCUACGCAUCACAGUCGGAACGCCAGAGGAGAACGACGUUGUGAUCCAGCGCUUGACCGAGCAACUUGCAGCAUAGAGACAUCCCUACAUCCCUAGAGAAAAACCAAGAAAUACAGAUCAUCUUUUUUUACCUGCA